AGGAAGAGGCAGGCCAGGCGGGGCGGGUGCCGGGCUCUUCCUCCUUCCUCUCCUUCCUUCGCCUCUGCGGCGCCGUCGGGGCAGGGAGCCUUCUGCUCAGGAGCCAAGGAGCAGCCGAGGACCGAAGAGGAGGAGAGCUCUUCCUGUCCCCGAGCCAUGGACCUGAACGGGCUCUUCCUGGACGAGGAGGGCGCCUUCUCUCUCAGCGGCUUCCAGGAGUUCACGUUUCUUCCCAGGCACCAGCAGCUGAGUGAUCGUGUCCGUAAGAGGCUUUACUAUGGUUGGGAUAAAGAUGGCACCCUGGAUAAUCUCUCAAGUCCUGUUGCAGAUAUUGCUGUGGAACUACUCCAGAAAGCUGCUCCUAGUCCCAUUCGGAGGCUUCAGAAAAAAUAUGUGUCUCAUGUCUCCCGAGAGGCUUGUAUCUCCCCCUGCUCUAUGAUGUUGGCUUUGGUUUACAUUGAAAGACUCCGGCACCGCAAUCCUGAAUACCUACAGCAGAUCUCAUCUUCUGAUCUCUUCUUGAUCUCAAUGAUGGUUGCCAGCAAGUACUUAUAUGAUGAAGGUGAAGAAGAGGAGGUUUUUAAUGAUGAAUGGGGAGCUGCCGGCAACGUGGAUGUACAGACCAUGAACACACUGGAGAUGAAUUUCCUCAGGGCCAUUGACUGGAGCCUCUAUACAGACCCCAAGGAGCUUUUUGAAGUGCUCAGUUGGCUGGAAGGAUGUGUGGCUGAGAGGCAGGGCAUCAAACGUGGCUGGUUCACCUACACAGACCUGUCUGUCUUAAUGGAGCGGGUGCUGUGGCAGCAGGCUCUGGGUCAGUUCUACCAACAAAUGGCCAAGCUGGCUUGCAUUCUUGGAGUGGUGUACCUUACCGGGUUUGCUACUGUCCUUGCUUCUGCAGCCGUCGUGCAUCACAGUGUACAUGUGAAAAGGGCUGGUCCUAUGGAGCUGCUUGGCCCUAAAGGUACUCUAGCUCCAUGCCUGCCUGUCCCAUCUUCAGUCCAGCCGGACCGCAACCUGGAGCUCCCUAAUAGCUCUCCAUGCCUAGCAGCAGAGAAUCAAACCUUUCAUGGUGAAGAACAACAGCCAGAAAGCAAUGGUGUCACGGCUACAGCACUCUACCUGUGGAGCAGUGUCCUUAAUGCAUUAUCUUACUCACCACCAGCUCCCAUCAGUCCUUCACAUUGCUCACAUUGUAGUCAAUCCACCUGUAUCGCAGCUAACCACACGUCUUGCGCCCGCCCUGCUACACAGUCGGCUCCCUCUGGACUUCCUACUCAUUGCACAGGUUGUUCAUGUGGAAAUUGGCACCUUUCUAUGUCUCCUAACUGCAAAGACUGGCCUGAUCCACUGGCGCUGCAACAGUGUUCCUCACAGGCUGCCUUGGAGCUUGGAAGGAUCAAGGCAUUCAUCUUUCCUAGCUAGUGAUAUAGCUUAAUCACAGCGUGGGGUGAGACUGGGGCAUCUAGAUGGGAGUUUCUAUGUGUGUCAGAAAGACAUAGGGCAAAAAGGCAGAAAAUGCUGGGAAAUUGAAAGGCUGAUGAGUUUCAUGGACUUUAUCACAGUGGAUAUCAGUUCCCCUUUCUGGGUAUAAUUUCAAGACCUUUCUGUCCCUUCCCACCCCCUUGCAAAUGAUUGGCAGUUGUGCUUAAAGGCUUCAGGGAGUAUAUUGGAGGUGUGGAUCCCAUAUUAAUGCCAGGAUCAACUGCAGCAAUGAUGUUUGGGUUUGGUGCAACCUUUAGCUGAGCCCUGGAGAACCUGGCUGAGUUGUUGCUCAAUGAAUAGAACUUCGUGCGUCUUCACAUGGAUUGGGCUGCUUGCAGAAGACACUAUGAACCGCCUCUUAGCUUGACUCUUUUGUGUGUUGACUUGUUGGGACACUUAGAAGUAAUGAUCCAUAAUAACUCACACCCACGGUGGCCAGUGCCAGCCAGCAAUUCUGUAUGUUUAAGAUAUUGAGUGAUUUACUACUUAGUUUAAUGUUAAUGUGUGAAUUCAUCUUACUGUCCUGAGCCUGCCAUCCUUGCUCUUUCUAGUAAAGACAGAACCUCUUGCAUUCUGAGAACCAUGCUGGAGUAGCUAAGGUUUUCUUUAGCCAUAGCACUGGAAAUAAAAAGGGUACCGAUUGCAAUUGAGGCUCAGGGCCCCAUGACAUUAGAUUUUGAUACCUCCAACUUAUUGCAAGAGCUUAACUGCCCCCUGCAGUUCUUAGAAUUGAGGAGGUGUAGUGGAGGGAUGGCAAUCAUAUCCUUCACUUUAUUCCUACCAGCACUUUUUUGGCUGUACUUUUCAUUGUUUCUUGUAGAUGGGAUUUCUUCUAAUAAAGGUAGCUAUGGA